AUGGACCCAUACCUUACGCGGGAUCCGCCAGGUAUACCCGACAUGGGUCCGGGUAUAGGUCAACAUUUGGACCCAGUGGAAAUAACUCAACAGGAUGCCGUCGUUCCGGCAUUGUCCCUGCAAGAAUCUCGGGUUCCCCUCUCUAACCUAGACUUAUUCAUUCCUCCUGUUGAUUUUGAGGUCUUCUUUUUUACUAUGUGUGGGGAGCCUGGGAUUCUAUGUGGUAACAAGGGUGCGGAGUUUUUGGAGGCAAGUGCUGAGAUUGAGCUUAAAGAUUUAGAUUUGCAUAAGCCUGAUGAAAGCGUUGAAGGGAAGAUAAUUCCCACUAAGAAAUGGGGAGUCUUGUGUGUUCAGGUGACGAAAUUCAAAUGCGGGAGCAUAGUGGUGGCUUGCACUUUCGAUCACCGUGUAGCAGACGCUUACUCGGCCAACAUGUUCCUCAUCUCACAUUGCCUUUUUAAGGAAGCAGAGGCUUCAGAGCUGAGAGCCAUGGCAUUUAACCAAGUGGCUGCUCUCGUGCAUGAAUGCUUGACAGGUGUUACAAAUAAUGAAUUUUUUCGAGGUUUGGUCGAUUGGGUUGAGAUGCAAAGGCCAAAGCCUGUGUUAGCAACAAUUUACUGCAAGAAUGAGGCUGAGGAGGCGGCAGUGCUAGUUUCUUCAGGGCUUCGAGUGAUAUUGAUUUCAGUUGGGGGAGGCCGGUUUUUGGGUCAUAUAAUUUCCGGUGGGGCCGGGCGGAACAUCCUAUGCCGAGUGCGCUGGACGAUGGCGACUGGGUUGUGUUGCCUGAGGCCCAAAUGGAGGUGGUUGAGGUAGAACUCCUUCACCCCAUGACCGCAAGUUAUCUGAAUGGGGUUCUCAUUGAAGAACCUGCAUAAUAUCAUUUUGCUAAUUGCUAUUUUGAAUAUCAUGGCAUGUCUAAAGCAUUUUAUUGCUUCAUGUUUAAAAAUAAGCUUUGUCAAGGCGAUCUGGCCUUGAUCCAAU